GAGGCGCGACUUCCGUUACAACUUGUGACUGCUUCAGCUGCACAGUACUAGUUUAUGUUGAAAUAACUAAACACUAGUAGUCUGAAUGCAUACAUUUAACUCAAAUGCCUUCGUUUUUUUUUUUUAAUUUAUACUUUUUUCCCAUCAGCAAUAUAGAUUGAGUUGUUUUAAUCAAAAUGAAUAACGCUUUAGUAGAAGAGGUGGCUGCAUCUUUAGUAAGGGAAUAUCUCAGUCGAAAGGGUUUAAAAAAGACCAUUUCAAUCAUGGAUCAAGAACUUCCUCGUACAAAUUCAAGUGUUAACAACAGAAAUGAUCUAAGAAGAGUGUUGAAAUUGGAGUCCCUUUACAAAAUGAAUAAGGCCCAGGAAAUUCCACUGAAAGCAAUGCUAGAGAUUAUAGUAAAGCACUGCUUGGAAACCCAGAAUAUGACUAACACUAGAACAGAAGAUUGUUUAUUUCAGAAAAAUACAGAGCCUAAAUCUAGGUCUUCAGUAAUGUCUUCAGUCAGUGUUUGUGACAUAUCUGAUGAGGAGAAAGGUGGGAGUACUGCAGUAUCAAACCAGAGUAAAACUGAUGUUUACAGAUCUUCUGAUGAUAUUGCUUGUACAUCUUACAAGUUUCUUUCGUACACAAAUUCUCAAAGUAACAGUAAAAUAUCAGCAAAGUGUGUCAAAAAGAACGCCUCAUCUUCAGAAGGGGAGCGAGACAGUCAACAAAGGUCUUUUUCUUUUGCAAAGGACAGUGAUAGUUUAAAAGUCGAUGUGUCGCCUACAGAGGUUAACAAUGCAUUCACAGAGCUCCAAAAACCCAGGUCAGGUUGCAUAGUACGUGGCAUGAUGGCUGGACCGGUUGCUAGUUCACAAGAGGAAUCUAACAAAAAGCGUUUUUUGAGAAGGUCUUCAGGAUCAAAUGUUGCACUUCCAGUGAAAGACGAGGAGCUGAAGAAUAAUUCAACUUCAAAUUCAGUACCUAGUAAUUUGGCUACUAUACAACUUUCUCAAUCCAAAAGCAUAUCUUCUGUCAUAGAGGACCCCUCUACUAAUGAGCUCUUUGAAAGGGAACUGAACAGGAUGGAGAAAAAAGACACGCAUGCAGUUAAAAGUGGCCAAAUGAUGCAAAAAGAGAGGGGACAGAGUACAACGCCAAAUCGAGAAAUAUCACAGGCUUAUAAAAAAAAAUCCACAGCCAGUCCCAAAGCAGAUGUUCUUCAAAUGAAGUUAAUGAAACUAGAUGAUAUCAACGAUGAGGAGGAGUUUUGUGAACUCAGCAGAGUACCCGUUUUUUCCAGCACAUCCAGACUCAAUGUAGCUGCACAUCCCAUUGAUCUUAACCUUGCAGUAGACCUCAAAAACAUUCUCUUUGGCUCAAGUUUCGCCUGCUUUAAUGAUGAGUGGAAGAUUCAGAGUUUCCCAUUUAACGAUUUACCUGAUUUAAGAUAUGGCAUUGUGCAGAAGAAGGGUGGCCCUUGUGGAGUACUGGCUUCUGUCCAAGCCUGUGUGUUGCAAAAGCUCCUUUUUGAAGAGACUAGCAGCAGCAGUAAAUCUCAACGACUGCAGCCUUCAGAUUCUCAUAGAAGCAAGAAACUUGCAUUGGCAGUAGCUGACAUCUUAUGGCGUGCAGGAGACAGAAAAAAGGCAGUUGUUGCACUUUCCUCUGGAGAAAAACAGUUCAUUCCAGCAGGAAGAUAUAAAUCUGAUGGAAUUCUUGAAACGAUAAUACUUCACACAGUGAGUAGUCAAGAAGACUUACCGUUGUUUUUGGAGCAGAAUAUUCACCAGUUUGAGGUGGGCCCCUAUGGGUGUAUUUUACUUACAGUGUCUGCUAUUCUAUCAAGAUCUACAGACCUGGUCAUAAGAGAUUUUGAUGUUCCUACAAAUUCACUAAUUGGGGCUCAUGGAUACUGCACACAGGAACUUGUAAACCUUCUGCUUACUGGAAGAGCAGUGUCAAAUGUAUUUAAUGAUGUAAUAGAAUUAGAUUCCGGGAAUGGAAAUAGCACUGUCUUAAAUGGAAUUACAGGAAGAAGUGAUAUUGGAUUACUUUCACUGUUUGAACAUUAUAAUCUAUGCAAGGUUGGUUCAUAUCUGAAGUCUCCCAAGUACCCAAUCUGGGUGAUCUGCAGUGAAAGCCACUUCAGUGUGCUCUUCUGUGUGCAAAAGGAAUUAAUGAAUGACUGGAGGAUGGAGAGACGAUUCGACCUGUAUUACUAUGAUGAACUAGCUAAUCAGCAGGAAGAAAUUCGACUGACUGUCGAUACUUACCAAAACUACGUUGCUGAUGCAGAAAAUGACCUAAUUCCUCCCAUUGAACACUGUAUUAGGACCAAAUGGAACGGUGCCGUGGUUGACUGGAAUGGUGCAGAACCAUUGCUUUGAUUUGCUUGUGCACCCCAAACAACUCUUUUUUUCUUAACUGAGGGCCUUAACAUUGGGAAUUAUUUUAAUAACUGAAUACGGUAGAUGUUAAAAACCAAAGGUCUUACAAAACAUUUUUUUUCAUAAUAGUUGUAUUUGUCUACUUUUUCAGUAUUUAUUUUAUUUAACAUUCUUUAGCAAAGAAAACGCCCAAAUGAAAUGGAUUCAGCAGGUUUCCAUGGGCGUCUGAAUGCCUGUUGUUUAGUGGGGUUUGUUUUUAGUACCUUUUUGGUGACACUGUAAAGAGGUUUCAAUUUACUAUAUUGGCUAUAUUGAAGGUGUUAACUUGUGGUUUGGUUCUUCCAUGCUCUCUUAAACAUGUACCUUGCAUAGCCAUCAUUAAUCAGUGUCCAAUGGCAGAUGUCAUCAGCAUCUUUUUAUUUAACUUGUCCCUUUGGCUCAAGAUUUUUCCAGAAAUAUUAGCAGGAAUGGUCUGUGUGUAAUGAAAGUCAGCUUGUUUUUUUUUGUUUUCUCAAAAAAAGAAAAAACAUACAUUUUGAGUCAGUGAUUCGAAAUUACACCUAUUUCUGUGUUACUCCUGCUAAAGUAAUGGAAAACUAAACAUUGGUAUAACUUUAAAAUGCUUGCCAUUUGUAUAAUGAAAUGGUCACAAUCGGGAUGUACCAUUCAUGGUGGGGGAAACACUGCAGACCUACAAAGGCAAAUGAUACAAAUCGACAAAAUGCUUAAUAAUAAUAAUAAUAAUAAUAAUAAUAAUAAUAAUAAUAAUAAUAAUAAUAAUGCUGUUGUUGUAGUCCAGUUAGUUACAAGUACUACAAGGUUAUCGUGUCAUCAUAGUUGAAAGUAAUUUAUUCAAUGUAUUUCUUUCAAACGGUAUCAGAAAAUGUAUAUUGAAAAACUUGUUUGUCUGAAAAAGUGUCUGCAGCUGUGUAUACAGCUGAUGCAAAUACAUAAACCUGGUAUUUUUCACAUUGCAUGACAAAAGUUUUACUAUUAAAAUGAAUGUUUAAUACCGGUACCAAACCUUUCGACUAAACAGAAUGAUCCUGUCAUGGUCACAGAAUUAUCAACGGGACGGAUACAAUACCAUAUAAAUCCAUACUACCCAUUGGUGAUAUUUUGUACUUUUAUUUCUGUCAGAAGAAAAUAGUGGAGAUAAUUUAGUUUACUUGGGCAGAUAAACUCACACAUAACUAAACUGUGUAGAUGAGGAGCAGCCUAGCUUUUAGGUAUUUUUAAAUACAGUAUUGUUUUCCACAAGUAGUCAAUAACAUUAAAAUAAACUAUCAAUACUCAAUAAAAGUGUGUGAAAUAUGGGUUCUAAUCGAUGUAUACAUUAAAGUUUUUUGUUUUGUUAAUUAGGAGCUUAAUAAGAAACAGAUAGAUAUAUAGACCGACUACUUUUUUUUAAAAUUAUAUAUUGUUUUUUUUAAAUACUCUAUUUAAUAUGUAGCAGUUGUGUGUGUGUGUAUGUGUGUGUGACAUGCCUGGGUACCUUUAUACCUUUAUAUACUGUAUGUGUUGUGUUGUGUAAAUGUAAAUGCUUUUUUUUUUUUUUUUUUUUUUAAUGUGCUUUGUGAUACUUUUGUAUGAAAAGCGCUAUAUAAAUGUAAUAAAUAAAUAAAUAAAAUACUUGCUUAAUUCUAACAGUUCAAAAAACCCAUUCCAGUGAAUUUGAAGUGCCAAUACUUAGAAGCAGAUCAUCUAUAAUUGGUUUCAGUUGGCCUCUUUCAUGUAAUUAAGUGAUUUUUUUUGUUUUUUUACACAUCACCUCCUCACAUAGUUCAUACAUAACUGUCCCUCCUCAAUUGAGCACAGCACUCCUUCUACCCCACAAACCUUCUGAAACAUUUCCAGUUGGUGCACAUGUCUGUAAUAAGCGAACUCAAGUCUGACUCGAGACGGCACCAGCACCUUAACCCUUUAAGGACCAAGCAUUUUUCAGUGGGACGCUCCCCCAGGACCAGGUUUUUUUUUGGGCUGUAUAUGUUCUGCAUAGAGAUACAUGUAUAAAAUACGUUAUUGUAUGACCCGAGGAACCUUACAAUACUUGCUUGAAGUUUUGUUGAAAAAUAUUGAUGUUUGGGCAAAUUCCAAGACAUUGUUUCACUUGAGUGAUUGCAAUGACAUAAUAAACGUUUAUUCUCAGGAUCUUUAUAAGCAAUAAUGGACACUACUCUCGAUUUAAUUUCUAAAAAGAAAAAAGUUUUACCGUAGUAAAAACAUCUACAUUAAAACAUGCGACAGAAUUGUAAACUUGGUUGUUUUUCUGCAGGAGAAUCCGCCUCUAAGCCACUUCCUAGCUGUGACACUGGGAUGCAUGUAAUUGUUCAUGUUUUUCCAGCCGGCCUUACGCAGGUAGCCUUUGCGCACCUACGGACGAGGCCUCUGGCCAAAUUUAUUAUACACACGAGCCCUGAGCGCCCAUCACAGUAAUUGGGCCCUGAGUGCCCAUCACAGUAUAUCAAACCAUUUACAAUUGCAAUCAAUAAAUCUCAUCCAUGGAGGAUUCUUUGUGCUGAAUUAUAAACUUGAUUGCUUUUCUGCAGGAGAAUCUGCCUCUAACCAACACGUCAUCAGCAAAUAUAAAACAGUUGGAGAAAAAGUUACAUGCAGCCCAGUAAACAGGUCCUUUACAAACUAUGAAAGAGGCUGUAGCCGUGGACAGUGCAAAUAUCAAAGGAAUAUGGUUUAUCUGAACUUGUGCCAUAACAUUUAAGUGACCAGAUUAUUAAUCACCAGGACCCUGUCCCUAAAGAAUACCUUUGUGAAAAGCCAGUGCCAGCUCUGCAGCCUUCCUUGUACCUGUUCAAUAACCCCAUUCCAGUUUUCUUUAGCCACUCCUUCUCUCAAAAAUGCAUCCAGAUAUUUAAUCACUCACCAAUUCCACUGCAGGCCUGCUGGUAGGUGUGGUGGCCUACUGUCCUCCCAGUCCCCCAUUAAAAAUACCACGUCCGUUUCAUGGAGCGACGUGGAAACCAAGAUCCACUUUCAGAUCAAGGCAGUGUCCCGUUUACUGUUCCAGGCUCUCGUAGGGCAAAGAGCUAUGGCUCUCUUCAAAGCUGAUUUUAGCCAUUUUCCAGAACAUUAGUUCUUCCUUGCCUUCCGUGAAUUUGAGCAAUUAUGCUCCCAUGACUUCAGAAUCUUUCUUCAGAGUAGUUUAGCUUUAAUUUAAUUUCAGACCUCACCACUUCCCCUCCGAAGCACUUCUUCUGAUUGUCAAAGUUCAGAGACUUGUUUCUCUGUGUAGAGCCUUAGGUCUCAUGUUGGGAACAUUCUUUCUCUUGCCCGGAAUGCUGUUCCUUGUGUGGAGUAUACUUCUAGUGUGGGAAGCGCGCCGUUUCUCCUGUGGGGAGCUUGCUUAGUGUGAGAAGCUCGUCGUUUGAAAGUCGCGCAGCUGCUUUUGUUGUUCUUUCUUCAACCCUGUGAUUGGUUAGUUUGUUCAUUUUGGGCGGUGCCUGAGUCCACAUGGAGUGUUUCCCAUUGGUUGUUCUCGUUCCUAGACUGAUCGUCAAUAGUACAAAUCCCCUGCUAAUAAAACUACCUCUUCGGGCUUGCACUGUAACAAGCUGUAACGUUCAGUUAUAAUUUGGAGCGGAAACGUUAAUAAAUAUAAAAGUUGUGUUUAGGGGUUGCAUUUACCUGCAAUAAUCUUCCUUGUACUACUUCAGUAACAGCAACAGAAUCAGGUUUGAAAUCUGGCGCAAAUAAAACAGCAACCCCUGCUCUGAAAUUAGUUCAAUGGCUUAAAAUGACCUCUCCCUUUCCAUUCAUUAAACAAGUCUGCUCUCUUGGUCCUAUUCCUACAAAACUAUUAAAAUAUGUUCUUGGUGUUAUUAAUACCCACAUUUUAAUAAUUAUAAAUGGUUCACUCCGGUAUAGUUCCCUUAGAAACACAAUUUGGACCCUAAAGUCCGCGAUGCCAGUCAGGUUUCGUUGCAUGAAGACUAACUGUCACAUGAAAGCUCUAUUAGGCUGUCUUCCUCCUUUGAUGUCAAUAUCAUGAAUGGGUUUCUAAUCCACUCGUUUUUUGAGUUUUUUGAGUUUCUAAGUGGCACCGAAGAUUAGCAACCUUCAAAGUUUCGUUCGACAACACCUUGUAACACACAACACGCAGCGGUCGCGGCUCCUCUUCGCUACCAGUCCAAAUAAAUCCCAUUGCCAAGUAUGUAUCGCUGUACAUCUGCAUGUUGGAGGGUUUCACUUGAUAUUCCACCAGUGGCGGCUCGUAACUUUUUUGACAGGUGAGGCACAAAUUGCUAAAUAGUUAUUACCACACCCCAUUCAAUUGCUGACGCACUAAAGUAAAAGUACUUUGUUCAGCUGAUUUCAUAGAUGCCUGCGCUGAGAGCAUUUGAAUGCAUUCAAAUAAUAGACUGCAGUCGCUGUGUAAAAUAUACCCCCAUCAAUUAAAAAAAGCAACAUUAGCACUGUAAACAACACACAACUUGCAGAAUUGCGGAUACAAGUUUUUAUAAUCAAUUCGCAAAUCAUUAACUUAAUUAUUAUUAAAUCAGCGUGGAACAUUCACUAUAAAGACACAAAUACAAUCUCACAAAAUCAUUAAUUCAAAACAAACCAGGCAGCUUGUCUUUUUGUGGCAAGAAAUUGAGAGUUUUACUCCAUUAAAAGAGAUUAAACUGCCUUAUUUAGUUGAAAGAAGGAAACCUGGCCAACAAUAGUUUUGUUCACAGCGCUGCCUGCCAUUUUUUGACUCCUUGCCACAGUCGUUUACCAUCUUUCUUCAAAAUCUCCAGUGCUAGUGUUUUUCUGCCAUCCUUAACAAUUGAACAUCUCUCUUUUUAGGAUCUUACUGUAAAACGUAUUUUCCUCAGGUCGCAUAUAAUAUCAGAUUCAACUAAAGCCAUUAUUAAAAAAAAUAAAAUCGCACAAAUUCUAACUACUCCAAAUCCAGUAGGUGCCGCCUCACCAAGCUGUGGUUACCAUAGCAACACCUUCAUAAAAUGACAGUUGCCUUGGUAACAAGCAGCUUUGUGAGGCACUCAAGAUUUGUGCGUCACGCAGCAGUGCAGCAGCACUACGUUUUUCCAGCUUUCUGGCGUUACGCUUUCGCUACUGGUAAAAGCGAGGUCAGCAAAUCUCUGCCCCCAAGCUCACUCGGCGCCUGGCUUGUAGGGGUUGCUGCAGAGCGGUGAAGAGAAACCGUCUAAGCCGGAUCCCACCUCGCCAACCCUAGGAGUGCUAAGCCCAAUGCGGAGCCCCCAUGGAAUCCCCAGCGAAUACUGGCUACAUCGCACAACCAGGAUUCGAACUUGCAAUCUCUGGUUGUAUGACACGCCCUGCAUGCCACGCGGUAGUGCUUUUACGAGUUUGAUACUUUGUAUGUUAAAAAAGGACACACAGAUGAAAAACAGGUAAUCGGGAAAAGGAAGCUCGACCUUUACUAAUCAGAUUGUUUAAAUAGUCUUUUACUUUCUUCUCAAGCCCCAGUGCUGUAGGGUCCUGCAUCACCUACUGAGUGGAACUUGAAAACAAGACCAAGUCAGGAAAAUGUUCAACCACACUAAUCCCUGUUUUACCUUUUAUAGAUUCUAAGAAGUCCUGUAUGCUCUGAGUGUUGUACCCUCCUCUAACCUGCUACCUGGCAGAGAUCUGAUAGCUGUAAGAGGAGUCUGUGUCACUCGCGCCUGCCGCAUCAAUGUCUCUGUCGCCGCUCUCUCCUGCACUUGCCUCACACUGAGUCGAUUUGCAUUUCCUAGAGCCAGAGUCUCCCAUUACUGACACAUCGCUUUCCACUCCCUCAGAGCGCUGUUGUCUGAGAUCAGACUGUGUUUCUCACAACUAUUGACGUGUUUAGUUUUUGCUGGUCUCUUUCUUUUAGGCAAUUUAAAAUCUGCAUUGUCUGUCAGUCCUCCCUCUAACCUCUGCCGAGACCAUAGUCACCAUCUCCCUCUGUCCACUGACCUGGGUAUUGUCACCUCUCUCACUCCUCACCCCAACAUUACCAGUGUUUACCUGUUCAGUGCCAACACACCCCUCAUCCUCUGCCUUGAGCUCUACAGCAACCUCCAGUAUUGGAAUCAACCCUCCCAUUAGCCACCAAAGAUCCAGCUUCAUGCGCUGCCAGAAUAAAUGUUCUAAUAUAAUUAUAAGUCAAAUACAUCAGAUUUACAGUGUUUUUCCAUUUCUUUCUUAUAUCUAAACAAGUUCCUGUCAUGUUUUCUUUCUGUGUUCUGCUGUAAACUUCGCCAUUUAAAAUUGAAAUGCCCGUCUGUGUUACGUCACAUAAAAACAGACAUUAUCAGGGAGUGAAAUUCAAUCCCUGCACUAUCCACUAUUGUGGGCAGCAGUGUGGAGUAGUGGUUAGGGCUCUGGACUCUUGACCAGAGGGUCGUGGGUUCAAUCCCAAGUGGGGGACACUGCUGUUGUACCCUUGAGCAAGGUACUUUACCUAGAUUGCUCCAGUAAAAACCCAAUUGUAUAAAUGGGUAAUUGUAUGUAAAAAUAUAAUGUGAUAUCUGUAUAAUGUAUAAUGUGAUAUCUUGUAACAAUUGUAAGUCGCCCUGGAUAAGGGCAUCUGCUAAGAAAUACAUAAUAAUAAUAAAUCCAA